AUGGGCCUCAGCCAUAAGAACACAAACACAGUCUGUUUUCGCAGCUGUUGUGAUGUCACAUCCAAGGACGGCUCCACGUUCAGAACAGGACAUUUGGCUUUUCCUGCAGCGUCUGUGGGACGCGAGGACGCAGGAGGAUCCAGAGGCAGCAUGGACAAGAACUGUCUGGGAUCAGUCCAGGCAGACGUCCAGUCCAGCUCAGCUCUGCACAGUGAGUCCUGUCCAUGUCCUCCUGUCUCAGUGAGUCCUCUGUCCAUGUCCUCAUGUCUCAGUGAGUCCUGUCCAUGUCCUCCUGUCUCAGUGAGUCCUGUCCAUGUCCUCCUGUCUCAGUGA